CUAGACCACGUCGUCCUCCUACUCCCGCACGCCGACAUCCUCGACCCACCCACCUGGCUCACCAAGAACUUCACCAUCAGCCCGGGAGGUCGCCACGCCGACAACAAAACCGAGAAUAAACUCAUCCUCUUCAGCGACGGGACCUACCUCGAACUCAUCGCUUUCAUCGACGAUUCUGCUUCCAAUCGGAAAGACCACUGGUGGGACAAGCCCUACGGAGUCGUGGACUACGCUUUGACGACUGUAGACGCUGACUUUUCUACCCUCGAACCUAUUCGAGAACGUCUCGCGAAGACUGAUGCGAGCAUUUCGUAUCAGGACCCGGUAGAGGGUGGGAGGAUCAAGCCGGAUGGAACGGAGUUGAAGUGGAAAGUGACCUUUCCGACCGGCACUUCGAGGGGCAGUGUGCCGUUUUGGUGUCAUGAUGUUACGCCAAGGGAGAGGAGGGUUCCGGUUAGUAGGGAAGCGACGACGCAUCCUUCGGGUGUGCUGGGUAUGGCGGGGAUGAAUGUGAGUGUGAAAGGUGGGAAGGAGGUUGAGAAGUUGAGGAGG